UUUGCGUGAGAAUGACGACGCAGGCGCAGAGUAGCGGCAGAGAUGAUCAGCACCGCUGGCUCUGAACGUGUCGCUGCGUUUAGCCUAAAAUACAGCAGCAUAUUCGUUUAAUUAUGUAAUUGUAAUCAGUAAAUAUUGAAGAAGGGUGAAAUGACAGGAUUUUUACGUCGUUUCGAAGCUUAAUUAUACUCUCCUUGAGGAAGGUUAUAUCGACAGGGAGGCGUCCGGAGGAGAGCUGGAGAUGGACGGGAGGACUGCGGAUGAUGAUGACGGGAGGGCGAGUGAGGAAGCAGCCGCCGGACUCAGUCUACAGCUUGAUAACCUGGGGGACACCGAUUCAGACAAGAAGGGUCAGAUAACAGAGAUGCCGUCCCCAUUCGGAGUAGGCGCAGCCCAUGAGAAGAAGAUUGGCCACAGGAGGGUAGAUGCCUCUGGUGAGACAACAUACAAGAAGACUACCUCCUCUGCCUUGCAAGGGUCCAUCCAGCUAGGAAUUGGAUACACUGUGGGCAACCUCAGCUCCAAGCCUGAGAGGGAUGUGCUGAUGCAGGACUUUUAUGUGGUGGAAAGCAUCUUCUUCCCCAGUGAAGGCAGUAACCUCACUCCAGCCCACCAUUACCCGGACUUUAGGUUUAAAACCUACGCCCCCGUGGCCUUCCGCUACUUCCGAGAGCUGUUUGGGAUCCGACCAGAUGACUACCUGUAUUCUAUAUGUAAUGAGCCACUGAUCGAGCUGACAAAUCCAGGAGCUAGUGGCUCAAUAUUCUACGUGACCCGCGAUGAUGAGUUCAUCAUCAAAACUGUUCAGCACAAAGAGGCAGAGUUUCUACAGAAACUCCUUCCUGGAUACUAUAUGAACUUGAACCAGAACCCCCGGACUUUGCUGCCAAAGUUUUUUGGCCUCUACUGCGUCCAGUGCGGGGGCAAGAACAUCAGAGUUGUUGUGAUGAACAAUAUUUUACCGCGCUCCGUACGCAUGCACCUCAAGUUUGAUCUAAAGGGCUCCACAUACAAGAGGCGAGCAUCCAAGAAAGAAAGAGAGAAGUCCAAACCCACUUUUAAAGACCUGGACUUUCUGAAUGACGUUCCUGAAGGCCUCACUAUGGACCAGGACACAUACAGCGCUCUGGUCAAAACUCUGCAGAGAGACUGUCUGGUUCUGGAAAGUUUUAAGAUUAUGGACUACAGUUUGCUGCUGGGGAUCCACAACAAGAGCCAAGCCAAGCGAGAGCACCAGCCUCAGGGUUCACCUGCAGCAGGCGGGGAUGAAAAGAAGCGCGCAGCUCAGAGAGCUCUGUACUCCACUGCCAUGGAGUCCAUACAGGGAGGCUCCACAUGCAGGGACACACUGGACCAUGAUGACACAAUGGGUGGUAUUCCAGCUGUGGGUAGUAAAGGAGAGCGCCUCCUGCUGUUCAUUGGAAUCAUUGACAUCCUGCAGUCCUACAGAAUGAUCAAGAAACUGGAGCACUCUUGGAAGUCCCUCAUCCAUGACGGGGACACAGUGUCAGUUCACAGACCUUGUUUCUAUGCUGAGAGGUUCUACAGAUUCUGUAGCACCAUCGUCUUCAAGAAGAGCAGCUCAUUGCGAUCGUCUCCAUCUAAGAGAGGACGAGGGGCUCUCUCCAUGUCCAAGUCCAGUGCUGGAACGGGUUCAGCUGGGCAGCGUCCCUCGAUAAGCGAUGACAGGCAGGAAAACCUGGACAACUUGGAGAACCUACUGGGAGCUCGCAGCUUCCCCAUGCUGGAGGACAACGGGAGAGAGCCACCCUGCACUCCUCCUUCCUUUGAAGAUGCUACCACAGCUUCUAUCGCCACCACGCUCUCCUCCAACAACUCCUUACCCACCACCCCCUUCGAUACACCAGAGCACCCACGCUACAGGAGACAAAUGCUUUCCCCAAGUGUGGCCAGGGCACAGAGAGAGGUGGUUGAGAUUCAUGGGGAAAAGCAGGACACCAUUACAGUGGAGGUGGAGCUCAGUAAAAUCCCAAAGAGCACGGAGCUCACACAGAUGACAGAAAUGACCUCUCCCAGCCAUCUGUCACCUGACCGUCAGCCCCACGCCAUUGCUUCAUCGACCCCUCCCUCUCUUAGUCCAUCCUCAGCUUAUUCCUCCUCCACCCUUCCUCCUUCCUUUGUGUCUUCCUCCUCCGCUGCUCAACCAACCAGCCAGUCAUCCUCCGCACUUGCUUCAUCCAUCCGCCCAUCCACCGAACCGCUCACCUCUCCUCAGUCAUCCACUCUUCCUUCUCCGACCUCUCACUCAGCUGUGCAGUCCACGCUUCUCACUUCAGCUCCAAUCACCUCCACCCUCCCACCUGGCUCAGCAUUUACUCCCAUCUGCCCUGCAACUUCUCCCUCCUCCACCCAGAGCUCCUCUCACCACCUCCCCUCGACCCCUCCCUCCUCCCACCACCUCCCCUCGACCCCUCCCUCCUCCCACCCUCCGAGCCCCCAGGUGCCUCUGCAGGCACCGCGCACACCGUGCAAUCAGCUGUCUGUGUCCAGCAGCCACAACUCACUGGAUGGGGAGGUGCAGGUGUCUGACAUCUACUUUUAUGCAGAUGGCAGAUAUUGGGUGUACUCUCCAGUUCUUGGCCGUCGUAAGCUAAACUCUAGCUCAAGUUACAAUCAGAAUCAGGAGGAUCGAGGCUGGGUGUAUUCUCCUCUGCACUACGGCUCGGAGUCCGGAAGGGGCUCGGAUGGGGAGAGUGAGACAUAACUCACAGUGGAGACAGUAGUGAUGGGUGGAGCCAGAGGCUGUCUCCUUACAGAAGCUGUGAGGUUUGAAUAACAAAGCUACCAGGGCACUCUGGGAAUUAAUGCUAGUCUCCCAAGCUGCAUGUGGGAGCUUGUUUUGCCAACAAAGACUAAAGGAAUGAACUUAGAAGCAUUCAAUACAACGAUACAAUCAUAAAUACAGUCACAUACAUUCAAAAGAACAUACAACAAUCAAAAUAUGCAAAGAAAAUAAUAAUCAUAAAGCAUCUAUUCCUGACAUCAAGCAGAGAAAUAAAGUUAAAUCACAUAGCUGAGUGGCAUUGUGAAUGGUGGCUGUUAAGUCAGGUAUUGUUGCAGCCCUGCUGCCUGCUGUGGAGUUUUUUAGUGUUCAUGAGUCACGCUGCACUGUGCCAGCUCUGGCUAUGCAAUAUGGACAUACUGUACGUGUUAUUGGUUUCUCUUUUUGACUAAAUGCAUAACCACUUCAGAGUUUAUUCAUGCGUUUAUUUUUCACUAGGGGCAUGUCAAAGCUGUAUAUAAUUUUAUUUUAGCACUUUAUCAAUGUACAUGUGGCUGAAAUCGUAUAUGUUUUGUUAUUUUGUCAUCAGUUAUUGUUUGAAAAACACUCAAACACACAGUUAAUGUUUUUUGUGUGCUGUGUCUGCACAGUGUUCUGUUUUUUUCCGGCGUGGUGUUGUGGUCCACUUAAGAAACUUCGAUCUGACAUUGAAUGGUUGUGUUAAAAAUGCCUUAUUGACAAAACUCAUUUUCAUAACGGUUUUUGAUGUCUUGGUCACAUCUAAUCAUUUCAAAACAACUCAAAAAUAUAAACGUGCAGAAUAUUAUAUUGUGUGCAAAUACCAAAUAUUUGAAGCAGAGUUAAAACAAUAUAGCAACCAUGCAUUUACACCUUUUCAGGAUUUAGAAACAAGAGAUCAAGAGCGAACAAAGGAAAAAAAUAAUCAAAUUGUCUUUUGUAAAUUGUAGAUAAACUGUGUGUGUGUGCUUAAGCACAUGCAUGUAAGUCUGUAUGUGCCCAUAUGUCUCUGUGUGCAUGUGUUUGCAUGCAUAUUGAUGUGUGAUUGGGAGAUAUGUUUUCUGUCCUGCCUAUUUGUCAAAAGGUGUAACUUCCAUUUGUUGUUAUAGGCCAUGAAAGUCGGAAUCAGCUAUAAGCAUGUUGGCUGUGUGCGAAAAAGGAAAUAGUCUUUAAUGACUGGAUUAUCCGUAAACGACCAAAUUAAACAAACUGAGCUGAACUGAAAUAACAUCAAAAUUUCUGUACAGUUUGGUAAGAAUAUGAAUCUACUGUUGCCACAGACAGAACCCCCCUUCUUCCAUACAUGGUGAUACUUGUUGCAACAAGAUUGACCAUAAUUAGACCUUGACCUUGACCUGACUGUGUCGAUAAGCACUGCUGUAAAGUAUUACUGUGAUAUUUGAGUCUGCUGACGUUAACCUGCCUGUUUGUAGGCAACAGUGUUUGUAGCUGAUCACUGUGUAAAAGAAAUAAACAUUAUAUUGUGUAAAAAAAA